UAAUUACCCUUUCAUCAAUUCUUGACAUAUAUAUUUUGCUUGUUGGAAAGAUAGUUUGUUAAAUCAACUAUAAUCAGGCAAAAAAUAGUAGUGUCAUCAAAAAAGGGGAGGCCAGGCUAAACCUUUGUUGACAUCCCUUAUGUCACGUACUUUUUGAGUUAAACCUUUGUGCAUUAUGACCUCAAUUUUUUCAUGUCUGAUUUUUUCCGCAAAGUACUAGUUUCCUUUCCUUUUUGUCUUCCAUUAAUUCAUGAUUAACUGGUAAUGGUGGCUUGUAGUGGUUCAUGUCUCCAGAGUAUUUAAUAAAUGAAAAGUUCUCUGCGAAGUCUGAUGUGUUUAGCUUUGGUAUCUUGAUUUUGGAGAUCAUUUCUGGCAAGCGGAACAACUUUUACUAUUCAGAUGAUGUGGCAAACCUUAUGAGCUACGCUUGGAAACUCUGGAGGGAAGGAACGCCCUUGGAUCUGUUGGAUCCCACUCUUGAAGGGUUGUAUGCAAGAAAUGAGGCCACUAGAUGUAUUCAUAUUGCCUUGUUGUGUGUCCAAGAUGAUCCGGAUGCUAGACCUUCUAUGGCAACAAUAGUUCUGAUGCUCAAUAGCUAUUCCACUACGUUGCCACUUCCUCAAUAGCCGAGAUUCUUAGGCCAGAGUGGAAUAGGGUCGAAUAUUAUUCCAAAACUACAGCCGGAUCAGUCUAUGAGCAAGUCAAUACAGUUGACUGUGAAUGAAGCAUCAAUUAGUGAAGUAGAACCAAGGUGAUGUUGUAAGCUCCAUAGGUCGAGAUCCGUUUGGUUGGCAAAUUCAUGAUGAAAAUUGAUAUUUGCAUGUAUUCCCCAAUU